ACCCCGUACCGGGAGGGACAGGAGCGGGACUUGAAGGUGGCUCUGAGAGGCACAGAUCCCUCCAUCCCUCUGGUGUUUGUCAGUGGGAACCAUGACCUGGGUAACACACCCACUCCGGAGACUGUAGCCCAGUUCUGCAACGCCUGGGGAGACGACUACUUCAGCUUCUGGGUGAGUGGCUAGAGUGAGAUGAAAACGUACUGUAGAUGGGGAUUGUACAAAACCCUUUCAGUUCCUUAUAUAAACACUGGUCCUUGGAGCCGGAUAGGAAACAAUUGGCCUCUAACAAAAACUAACGCUUUUAUCCAACAUUAAUUACUACUGUAAUUGUAUAUUACAUUUACAUUUUAGUCAUUUAGCAGACGCUCUUAUCUAGAGCGACUUACAGUUAGUGAGUGCAUACAUUUUCAUACCGCCCCCCCGUGGGAAUCGAACCCACAACCCUGGCGUUGCAAGCGCCAUGCUCUACCAACUGAGCUACACUGGGCCAUAUUCUACGUGUAGCCGAAGCUGAAAGCAAAGCCAAUACCUUGACAUUGCAAACUACCAUGUUCUAAACAGCUGAGUCACCAACACUAAAGUACUACACAGGAGUGAUGUCAUAGUCCUGAGACUACUGUCUCUGAUCAGAUCAGUUGUAAUGAUGUGGCUGCUUUAAAGGCAUUAAUGGGCACCAUGGCGAUGCCAUAAUGACAUUAUCUAAAUUACCUUAACCUAUACUGUAAUCCCAAGCCUGUCAUUUUCAGGUUGGAGGGGUGCUGUGUCUGGUGCUGAACUCCCAGCUGUUCUUUGAUGCGUCGGCCUGCCCUGAUCUGAGAGACGCCCAGGAGGCCUGGCUAGAGGGCCAGCUGCAGAGGGCAUCUCAGGGGCCCGGGGUCACCCCCAAACACGUCCUGGUGUUCCAGCACAUCCCU